CCCACGUCCUGCCAGGGGGACAGAGCCAGCACCGCCGUGCCAUGCCGGGGGGAACGGCCCUGAGUGCCUGGGCACUGCUGGCCAGCCUGGCCGUGGCCCCCUCGGGGGUCCGAGGGCAGAUAUUCGUGAAGGAAUUCAGCGGGAAGGUGUUCCUGGAGUGUGUGAGGAGCCAAGGCAAGAACAUCACGUGGUGGAGAGAUGGGAGCACUGUUGGACACGAGGCACAGCUGGACCUGAGUGGGGUCUACGACGACCCCAGGGGUGUCUACGUGUGUCAGACAGGGGACAAAAGGAGCAGCCUCCAGGUGCACUAUCGCAUGUGCCAGAACUGCAUCGAGGUGGACGCUCCCACCAUCUCGGGCAUCGUCAUCGCCGACGUGGUGGCCACGCUGCUCCUGGCAGUGGCCGUGUUCUGCAUCACUGGCCACGACAGGGGACACACCUCACGAGCUUCUGACAAGCAGAACCUGAUCUCCAAUGAGCUCUACCAGCCCCUGGGGGAGCGGGAGGAGGAGCAGUACAGCCGGCUGGCUCCCGCCCGUGCCCGCAGGUGAAGAGGAAGACUCUGAGACUGCCUUCAUCAGCGUGCUGCCUUUGCUUGGGGGACCCUCCAGGGUGGGCUGCUUGCAGCUCUGUGCUCAUUCCACCACCUCUUGCACUUCUAAAUUCUUGCCAUUAAAGAUG